AUGAAAUCAUUAGACGAUUUGUGUACUGAGUUAAACGAUCAUCCCAUUAAAAUGAUAGAACAUAACAGACUAAAAUCACAACCCUCUCAUUCGUUCGGCAACCAUCAAUAUGACAAGGACACUCCUUCCUUAACAGACGGGAAUCGUCAUCAUGAACAUCAUCUUUCGUUCAUAUUACGUCACACAAUUACAUUUAUUUCCCUAACAAGGACAAGAAUUGCUUUAUGA